UACAGAUGACGUCACUGCCUAGUAUAUCUAGUGGUGGAAAAGGGAAGUUGGAUUAGCUCUAACAUACAUUUGUUGCAUUGAUUUUGAUUCGGUUGCGUACUUCAAAUUGGAAAAAUGUCGAACAAAAGGUUACAGCAAACGCAAGCCCAAGUGGAUGAGGUCGUCGACAUCAUGAAAGUGAAUGUCGACAAAGUGUUGGAGAGAGAUGCUAAAUUGUCAGAACUUGAUUCUCGAGCAGAUCAAUUGCAAGCUGGAGCAUCACAAUUUGAACAUAGUGCAGCAAGGUUGAAGCGAAAAAUGUGGUGGCAGAACUGCAAGAUGUGGAUAAUUCUUAUUGUGGUGAUUGCUGUAAUCAUUGCAGCCAUUGUCAUUUGGGUGGUAGCAAACAAUCCUGGUAAAAGCAACCCUACUAGUGCUCCUACUACAAAACCUUAACUCAUAUUUGAUAUAAACUAUUCUUACUACUGACUUAAGGAUCAAGGUUCUUUUUUUUUUUUUUUUUUUUUUACCUUAAUUAAUAAAAGCAUUAUUAAGUAGUUGCUGUACAUAUGUCGUAAUGACCAGUAGUUAAGAUAUAUCCUGUUUGAAAAUUACAUCCAACUGUUUUGAAAUGAAAUAAAAGUUAUUGUGGUUUGGAGUAAUGCUAAGGUCAACCUUUAACUCCAGAGAUCCAAUGGGAAAUUCUCCCUUUUUGGUGAUGAGCAUUACCCUGUAAAUUAGUGAAAAGAGUUUCACAUGAUAUCAAGGCAACAUCCAGCUGUUUGCUUGGCAUUGUCUUGAAACUGUAAGGAGAAAGUACUUGUUACUUUGAUCUUGCCUGAGACUUGAAUGAUGAACAACUUCUAGGUCAAAACUUGUUAACCUUUUAAUUCCCACAAGUGACCAAGACAGAAUUUCUCCCUACAAUAUCAAUACAAUAUCAAGCAGACAAGUAAUGAGAAUGAAGAAAAAUAUCAUUGAGGGCAUGAUUAGUUGAUUCACCAACAAAUUCUUUGAACAAACAUCACAUGGCAGACACUAAGGAGAAAAAAUAAUGACAUCCUUGGAGGAAAAGUGUCAAGACAUAAUUUGAUGAAGGAAGUGUACUGAGGGGAGGGUAGAUACAUGCAAGGGGGAGGGAGGAGGGAGAAGGAAAUAUGUAAGAAUGACUGAUUUGAAAUUGCAAUUGCACUCACAGCUAUGAAACUUGUUCUCCCACUGUGGGAUCACAGAGAAAAUUGUUUAAGGAACCUCUGGAUUGUGUAAUAAUGCUUAUAGGCUUGGUCUUUUUUGAUCUUUGCUUUUGGUCUGUGUAGGGUGAUAUAAUUGUUUUGCACAGUUUCCACAGAUUAUAGCCCUUCUAUUCAGUAAAAAUUAAAAAAUGGCCUUGACUAGUUCCCCAACCAAAAUGAUAGCUUUUCUUUUUCAAAAGUUUUUCUUGUGCAUGGAGUGGAUGACUUUCUACCCAGGUCUCCUUCAGGAAUAUGUCAGUCCUAUAAAUGUCUCUCAUGGAAUUCUUUAAGUCUAGAAAAGUACUGUAAUGAUUAUUGUAGCCUUUGCGUAAAACUGACUUUACUAUUCAGUACCUUAUUUUUGUCAUAUUUAACCCAGUAAUGUAGUUAAUGUAACAGUGCAACUAAGAAAAUCGUAAAUUAACUAAACCUUGAAUAUCUUUGGUAAAAAAGCAUCUAGUAAACCUUGGACCUGAAAUUUAAGUAAUUAACUACAGUGGUUGUAAUUUCAAAUUUCUGCAGGCAUUUUGCAGAAAUAGAACAUGAAUAAAAAUUUGCUUUACUGUAAGCUUCAUCCAUUUACUCCAGAAAGUCCCCAGACACGUCAUUCAUAAUUUUACACCCUCCAAGAAUUUAAUGUUUUAGAUUAUAGUAAAUGUACAACCAGGUUAGUGGCAUUGAUUUUCCCUUCCUUACAUCUCUGAAAUAAAACACUUUUUUUAACUA